CUGUCCGCAUCUGUAGUGCUGCUCUGAUUUCAUUGAGCGCGAUGGAAGAAGAACUGAAAUGCCCGGUUUGCGGUUCUCUCUUCAAGGAGCCGAUUAUAUUACCGUGCUCUCAUAAUGUCUGCCUGGCGUGUGCUCGGAAUAUCAUCGUGCAGACUCCGGAGGGAGAGACCCCUCCGCAGAACCGAUGCUCCUCGGACUAUGACUAUCUGGAUAUGGACAAGAUGAGCAUGUACAGCGAGACGGACAGCGGCUACGGCUCAUACACGCCGUGCCUGAAGUCUCCCAACGGAGUGCGCGUGUUACCGCCGGCGCUGGUGCACCGCCACUGCUCCAUCACCUGCCCGCUGUGCCACCGCAGCGUGUCCCUGGAGGAGCGCGGGCUCCGCGGCUUCCAGCGCAACCGGCUGCUGGAGGCGAUCGUGUCCCGCUACCAGCAGAGCCACGCCGCCUCCGUCAAAUGCCAGCUGUGCGACCGCAAUCCGGUGGACGCCACGGUGAUGUGCGAGCAGUGCGAUGUGUUCUACUGCGCUCCGUGCCAGCAGCGCUGCCACCCCUCCCGCGGACCGCUGGCCAAGCACCGGCUGCUGCCGCCGGUGGCUCCAGCGCAGGCGGGGACCGCCUCCGCGCGCAGACAGGCGACCUGCGUGGAUCACGAAGCGGAGAACUACGGCAUGUACUGCGUCAGCUGCAAGACCCCCGUGUGCUACCAGUGUCUGGAGGAGGGCAAACACGGCAAGCACGACGUGAAGCCCCUGGCCGCCGUGUGGAAACAACACAAGUGUCAGCUGUCCCAGGCAUUGAAUGGAGUGUCUGACAAAGCCAAGGAGGCCAAGGAGUUCCUGGUGCAGCUGAAGAACCUGCUUCAGCAGAUACAGGAGAACGGCGUUGAAUUUGAGGCAUGUCUGGUCGCUCAGUGUGACUCUCUGAUUGAAGCGCUCAUUCGGCAGAAGGCCAAACUGCUCACCAAGGUCACAAAGGAGAAAGAGAGUAAGCUGAAGACCGUAAAGGAUCAGAUAACUCACUGCACCAUGAAGCUCCGACAGACCACAGGAAUGAUGGAAUUCUGUCUGGAGGUUAUUAAAGAGAACGAUCCCAGUGGAUUCCUACAGAUCUCAGAUGCAUUGAUAAAGCGUGUCCUGGCGUCUCAGGAACAGUGGGUAAAAGGUGCGUUGGAGCCAAAGGUCUGCCCAGAAUUCGCCUUGACCGUCAACACAGAUCCUCUGAUGCAGUCGAUUCUCCAGCUGGACUUCACCCAGAAUAAAGAUGGUCAGGAGGCUGCUUUAUUGAAACAAAUGCACGCAGGUGACCAGAAAGAGGAGGAGAGCACAGGAGCGGAGACCUCCACAGUGCCUCCUGCACCGCUGUUGCAGUUGGAAAAAUGCUGCAUGCGGAACAACAGCGCCACUCUGGCCUGGAGGAUAACUACUGUCCAAGCCCUGCUUGUAGAGGGUUACGUGCUGGAGCUGGAUGACGGGAAUAGCGGGUCUUACCGGGAAGUCUAUGUUGGGAAAGAGACCAUCUGUACAGUGGACGGCCUUCAUUUCAACAGUUCAUACAACGCUCGAGUCAAAGCGUACAACUCUGCUGGAGUGGGAGCGUACAGCAAAGUUGUUGUUUUGAAAACGUCUGAUGUGGCAUGGUUCACCUUUGAUCCUACGUCAGCUCACAGAGACAUUGUCCUAUCUAAUGAAAACCAGACUGUGACUUGUAACAGUUACGAUGAUCGCGUGGUGCUCGGGACGGCUGCCUUCUCCAAGGGCGUGCAUUACUGGGAACUUAGUGUGGAUCGCUAUGACAACCACCCCGACCCUGCAUUCGGUGUGGCACGGAUUAAUACGAUGAAGGACAUGAUGCUAGGGAAGGACGAUAAGGCCUGGGCCAUGUAUGUGGACAACAAUCGCUCCUGGUUCAUGCACAACAACUCCCACACCAACAGGGCUGAGGGUGGCAUCACAAAGGGUUCAACUGUGGGGAUUCUGUUAGACCUGACGAAACAUACUCUGACCUUCUUCAUCAACAAACAGCAGCAUGGACCCGUGGCUUUCGAGAACCUGGAGGGUGUGUUCAUGCCCGCAGUUAGCCUCAACCGCAAUGUCCAGGUGACUCUAAUCACAGGUCUGGAAGUCCCAAAGAGCAUCAUGUGAUCAUCUUGGACCAAUAAGAACGAGCCAGACCUUUCU